AGCAGCAAGAAGUUUGCGUCCUUCAGAAGUGCUUCACCUGGGCUGGGGAACCAGUGCCCGAGCUCGCGUUCCAGCUUGCAGAGUUACUCAUGACGAAGGCUCUGAUCUUUUGGACCAUAUGUUCCCAGUUGCAUAAGUUCUGGCUUUUGCUUCCUUUCAACCAGCAGCUUUGCUGACCUUUAUUGUUCUGCUGUAGCAGGAUUAGCCGAGCAAGGCUGGGUCCCACAGAACAGGUGGCAGGCACUUGACUUGCUUGGAAUGAGACCCAGAUAGUUAGCUCCUCUCCAGACUGGUUUUUGAGCUCUCUGCAGACAGGGUUAUUUGCUAGCUGGUUAUUUCCAUGGGGUCCCUGGAGUGCCCUGUGCUGUACAGAUUCAUAAAGAGAUGCCUUGAUCCCUGCCUCUGCCUUCUGGAGCUCCCAUGGGCUUGAUCCCAAGCCUGUCAAAGUCAAUGAAAGACCACGACUGGCUUCAUUAGGCUUUAGAUCUGAGCCCAGGAAAGCAGGGAACUGCAGGAAAAGGGGCAAGAGAAAACACUUGGGGCGGGAGGGGCUUUCAGACUGGGGAACAUUUGGGACUGCACUGUGCUCACAUGGGCUCCUCCAAUACCCACGUUACCACGGCUUUGUGAUACAGCAGUGCCCUAGCCAGGAUCGCUGUGCUAGACCCUGCAUGGAUCGCUGUGCUAGACCCUGCUGACAUGCUUGGUAUGGGGCGGAAUGGCAGUUCCAGUCAGGGCAGAAUUUGCUUGGUCCACUUCCAGGGAUAUGACAGCAAUGUGCUCAACUGAAAUAACCUGGCGAUCAGGACUGAGAGCUGAAUCCAGACCUUGUGCCUGGAUUCCCUUCACACAUGCAGUGGUCUUGACAAUGGCAGGACCCUACUGACACAGAGGUAGCUGGGGGUUAGGCAUGAGAUAGGAGGCAGGAACUGUUGUGUGUUAGUCCUGGCUCUGCCACAAACUCUGUGAUGUUAAGCCAGUCAAAAACCUCCUCUGUGCCUCAGUUUCCUUGUCUGUAGAAUGGGUUUACUGCUAAUUGGCCACCAUACAGGGGUUUAUGUAGGCCAAAUGGUUCAAAAUCACUCGCCAAUUCUGAAGGCCUGACAAUUUAAAGGCCUAUUUUUUUCACACAUGCAGAAAGUCCCCAGUGUAGCUGAACUUGAGUGGGGAGGGGGUUGGGGAAAAGCUCUGGGUGAUCAACCUGUCUGAAAACUAUGGGCACAUUGAAUGUCCAGAACCGAGACACCUGGGAUUACUGGCUGGUUUUGAAAAUGUUGUCUUGCUAAGACUGGCUUUCAGCUCUAUUCCAACUCUAAAAACAUCCUGCCCCCCGCCCAUAUUUAGGAAUGGUCCAGCGUAUAUUUUGGCUACUUCUGUAUAGAUGGAAGGGAAAAGAAAUUAAAAUGGUAUUGGGAAUACAAAAGAAAAAACAGCGAUCUGCUCUAGAUUUAAAGAAAACCCUCUCCAUCCCAAAUGCUCUCAUUUCUUUUAGGAGGUGCCUAUAACAGACCAAUUUUAAAAAAAUACAAGACUUGUUUUAAAAAACAAGUAGGGAUUUUGGGGAGCCCAGCUUGAGAGGUUUUAAAGAAGCUGAUUUUCACCAUGUGCUCAGUAAGUGCCCUCUGAAAAUUAGGCCUCUCUAAAAUGGCUCAAGUUUGGGGACCCAAAAUCAAUUACUUUUCAAAAUACAAGCCACUGCAUCUAGAGGACCAGUGGAGGCAUCCUGUGUAAGUAAUGCAUCUCUGAGGAAGACAGACAGACACCAGGGCCAAGAUCGGCAACACUGACUGCAGUCCAGAAUCUCAGGCAAACAAAUAAGCCGAGGGAAAACUUUGCAUUGUGUGUUUGCAUGAGGGUAACCACAAGACAGGAGCCAAAAGGCAUGGAAACAUUUGUCUCUGAGCACUGUUCAAAGCCUAGAAGCUCAUGCCUACAUUGUUCUCGGUUGAUGCGGGGAGGCAGGGCCGAGUUUUCUGAGCACAUUCACAAGGAAGAACUGACUUCCGUGGCUGCGAAGCCGAGGCUGGAGAAAUCUCUGAGCCUGGGGAAGUCACCAGAAUACACAUGGGCAGGGAAUUAUCUGUCUUCAUGCAGACACUCCCAGGCCAGAGUCCAUUUUCAGGCUGUUCAGUGAUUCCUCUGAGUGACACUCUCUAUAUAAUCACCCUGUAUUCAGCAUUAUAGACAUGCUUCUCUCAGCAACAGAAGUUGAUUGGCCUCAGCCCCUGGCCCAAUGCUAAUCCAGAGCCAAACCCCUGAUUCUCAGCUCAUCUCCAGUUAGCUGCCUGUAAGUAAGAAAAUCUCUAGUCCUUGCUCAUGAACCCACUGAUACAUACUGCCUCCAUGCCCAGGACAGCCUUUGACACCUGUGUGGAAGCUGGAAACCCCUGGGUUGUGGCAUGGAGCCUGCAUUUUAGUAAUAGCUCCUUUGUUCCCCCAAGCUGUCUGACUGCAGAGAGAUCGCCACUUCUGCUUCUCAAAAAUGCAGAGUUUUUUUCUACAAACUUCGAGAACAUCCUGAAGGGGGGAACUGAAGAUGAGAUACCACCAGGCACAGUGUACAAUGUCCACUAUAAACAGUACGUGGAGAAAAAAUGGCUUACCAAAACCGAGUGCCAGAACAUCUCUCAGCCCUUUUGUAACCUCACACGUGAGACAGAAGACUUCACUGAGUACUACUACGGCAGAGUGUGGGCCGUGGCGCUGAAUGGCUACUCCUCGGACUGGGUCUGCUCCCAGAGAUUUAAACCCGAACAGCAUAGUAAUAUUGGGGCACCAGAAAUGAAGUAUAUUCCUAAUGUUCGAUCCAUAAAGUUUCUCAUUCAGCCUCCCUACACAUUACUGAAAGAUGAAGAUGACCACCAGCUAAUUGCUGAGGACAUCUAUAGUCUUGUAAAUUCAAACAAGCACUGAACCUCGC